AUGGCCAACCCGUCAGGCACCGCCGCGCGUGAUCGCCUGAAUCAGCUAUUUGCUGGUCAAUCCAGGCCAAGUCCUCCUCCUGCUGAUCAACGACAUUUCUCUGAGCUAGAACUCGAGAAGAAGAAAGUUGAAGAUCAUCAAUCGUGGACCAUUCCUCCAACUGCUCAGUAUCCUCGGCAGGUCAAAUCACCACCACAACCUACGAGGAACGUCGAUUGCCUUACCAGCUCUGAUGAAGACGACUAUGUCUCGGCGUUCAAACCAAAAGUCUCCAUGAAGUCUCCGUCUGAAAAGCCUGGAAGACCUAAGGGCAAUAUCGGGGACUCCCACUCUGAAGGCAUGGCACACAUGGAAUAUUUUCCGAACGGCAAGGUGUCGUCCAAGCUCAAAGCAAAGGAUGAUGCGUCAAUGGAAGAUGAGCCCGAGGUCUAUGACGCUGCUUUGCCGGCCUCAGAUGUACAAGGACAUCCCGCUACCGGUCACUUCUGCCAAUUCUCCCUCGCAGCAAAAUUUCCAUACAAGUACAUGAAUGACAGCAACGAUAGAGUUUCGAGACGCUUCUUCGCUCAAAACAAGUUCUACGAGAGGACAUGGGAUCUUUACUAUCUCAAUCCACCGUAUACAACGAGUGCAAAGCCUAUACUGCUAGUCCCCCAUGCACAGUGUCAAAAACUCGUCGACGAAAUUGGUGAUACAUUCAAGAUACCAGUGUCAGUGCCAGAGUCCCCCUUCACUCUGACAUUUUACGACGAUGGCACGCCACAGCCGAAGUUUCUGGGCACAUCCAGGUCACGGGAAAAAGCCGGGAAACUCCAGGACUCCAUCCCUGCAGCGCCAGUGGAGCAUGGUGAGUGCCCAGACGAUGCAACACCUGAUGUGAAACGGCGUUUUGCUGCCUUCCGACAAUUAUGUUCAGACGCCCUCGCAGCGAACAAGAAAAAGGGCUCCAUUGUCAAGAAGAAGAAGGGAGAAGAGGAUCGCUUGCUCACAGUUCGGGAUUGGUAUUCGCAAUUAAGGAGGUCCCAGAGAUACUUUGGACUGCGGCCGAAGGCCGGCCAAGUCAAGCACCCAGACCCGGAUCUGCCAUGGUCUGAACAAGAGCAGUUCCGGCGUCAACAACUUAGGAAAGCUCAGGUGGUUCUGGAUCCGUUAGAUGUCACUCGACCAGCGCCAUAUCCCUUCGAGAAAGAGCCAGUAGUUGUCUCGGUCGACAUCGAAUCCUACGAACGGGACCACAGACUUAUCACCGAGAUCGGAGUCAGUACUCUGGACACUCUAGACCUUAUUGGACUCCCUCCCGGUCCAGGAGGUAAGAAUUGGACCAGCCAGAUCCGCUCAAGGCAUUUCAGAAUUCAAGGUCGGGAGCAUUUUGUCAACAGAGACUUCUGUGUGGGAAAUCCUGAUGCCUUCCAAUUCGGGCGAUCUGAGUUUGUACCCCUUCCCGAAGCUGCUGCUAAGUUAGACAGCUGUUUUGAAUGGCCGUUCUCUGUCCAGUUCAAGCAUCCCGGAUGGUCGGAUACGUGGACUUCUGGGCAAGCCAGUCCAACAGGCGAGCAUGUUCAUUCCAAGACGCUUUCGCCAAGCUCUGACGGUGUGAGUAUUGGCCCAUCAAACAGCGAGCAAGCUGAAGCCAGUCGGGCUGCGGUCGCGAGUGUAUUGGAAGGGAUCAGCGGUGCGGAUGCCACCAAGCUCGCUAUCGACCUAAGUCAGGAAAAUCGACCGGAUCCAGCGAUCCUUCAAAAAGGUCCCAAGGAGCGUAAUGUUAUCCUUCUUGGCCACGAUAUUCGCAGCGAUCUCGACUACAUGCGGACGUUGGGCAGCAAAGUAUUUGCACCAUCCCGUGGAGCAUAUCCUGUUGCAGCCAUGGGAAUGAUAGGAUCUGACGAAGGCCCUAUCAAGAUCUUGGCUUCCAUCAUCGAGGCUUUGGACACUGCACCCUUGUACAGAGUCCUCAAGCAGGAGACCCAAACCCGCAGCCUCUCGUCCAUCUUGAACGACCUUGAAGUCCCUUGCUAUUUCUUGCACAACGGCGGCAAUGAUGCCCGAUACACUAUGGAAGCGCUGAUCGCGAUGAUUCUCAGAGCCAGGUUGGAGGAGGACAAACUCCAAAAGGAAGAGGAUGGCAUCGCAGCAAAAAGCACGGGAGAAGCAUUGGACGAUCCGGCAAUCACCAAAGUGCCAGAGGAAUCUGCAGGGCAUGGGCCUUCUACGCCGAGAUCAAGGUCAGGAAAUGUGCGGCGGCAUGAAGGGGUGUUUGCCACGAGCCUUCCCACCAUGGCUGAGGUCGACGACUUUGAAGCAGCCAUUCUAGCGGAAUCGGGCUCCGAGGCAUCUCCUCCUCGCCAACUCGACUUGGGAAUCAGCGCCCUUGCCGAGCGGUUGAAGCUGGAUCCUAAAGUGGAUGAGGAAGAACCAAAACGCCCCUUCUAG